CUCCAUGGCAACCAGUGGUCACUGCAUGGGGGAUGUCAACAAAAGCUUGCGCAGCACCGGCGCGAGACUCCGUUUGAAUGGAAUAACCGUCCGCAGGUCAGUCAGUCAGUCAGUCAGUCAGUCAGACGAGGGAGCUCUGACAGGCUGUACCCAGGGUGAGGGUUCCUGUCACAAGCUCUGUACCCAGGGUACCCAGCCAUGGCAUGUCGGUGACUUCUGAGGGGCCAUUAACCCUUUAACUUCCAUAAAGUGAGAUUAAUGGGCUAUUAUGGGAUAUUAUAUCCCACCCUGCCCUGCCUGGCUUUAUUGUGUCCCAGCUGCGGGACAAGGAAAGUGGUCUAGUCACUUUAGUUUCAGUAAACUCUUUAAUUGUAGGGAAUUAAAGGGACACUCUAGGCACCACUACCACUGUAGCUCAUUGAAGUGGUCUGGGUGCAAUGUCCUAUGUCCAUUAACCCUGCAGUGGUAAUUCUGCUAUAAUUAUCUUGUAGGGUUAACUCCUCCUCCUGUUACCAGACAGCCACUAGAGCAGGGGUUCUCAACGUUAGUCCUCAGGACCCCCUACCACUCCAGGGUUUAGGGAUUACCUGGGUGUGUCUCAGGUGUUUAGAAAAAGAAAAAAAAAAACACCUUAGAGUCUAAGGUGUUUUUUCCCCUUUUUCUAAACACCUGAGACACACCCAGGUAAUCCCCAAAUCCUGGAGUGGUAGGGGGUCCUGAGGACUGGGUUGAGAACCCCUGCACUAGAGGGACUAACGGCUGCUUAAACGACUUUUGGUCGUUGAAAUGACGCUGGACGUUCUCUAUCGCUAUACAGAAGGACUUCCAGUGUCACUGGCAUCCCCAUAGGAAAGCAUUGAUUAAAGGACCACUAUAGUGCCAGGAAAACAAACUCGUUUUCCUAGCACUAUAGUGCCCUGAGUGUGCCCCCAACCUCAGGUUCCCCCCCCCGCCGUGCAGAAGGGGUUAAAUUUACCUCUUUUGCCAGCUACGGACGGGGGACUCUCCUCCUUGUCGUCGUCAUCGGCUGAAUGCGCUUGCGCGGUACGAGCCACGUGCGCAUUCAGCCAGUCCAUAGGAAAGCAUACUCAAUGCUUUCCUAUGGACGCUGGCGUCUUCUCACUGUGAAAAUCACAGUGAGAAGCGCCUCUAGCGGCUGUCAAUGAGACAGCCACUAGAGGCUGGAUUAACCCUAUUAUAAACAUAGUAGUUUCUCUGAAACUGCUAUGUUUAUAGAAGAAAGGGUUAAUCCUAGCUGGACCUGGCACCGAGACCACUUCAUUAAGCUGAAGUGAUCUGGGUGCCUAUAGUGGUCCUUUAAUGCUUUCCGGUGGGGAAAUCCUAAUGCGAGUGCGGCCAUUGCCACACAUGCGCAUUAGGUUUCCCCCGCUGACUGACGGCGGGGGAGGAGCAUGGGCAGAGCCUGACCCAGAGCCGAGGGACAUCAGCGCUGGAUUAAGUUAAGUGACUGAAGGGGUUUUAACUUUAAAAUAGACAAGCUGUGACUGUAGUUAAGUUAGAGAAUAUUUCCUAAUUGGCUCUUUAUUCCCCAAUUUUGCCAUUCAGAUUUCUAUUUGGCAUAAUUUGGACUUUAGUGAAAGCUCCUCUCUACUUGUAGGGUUAUUCACUAAGGUCUGCCCUGAACCGAAGUGCCCGAAUCAUUUGGCUGCAGACGGAGCCAUUCAGCCUGCAACAUCUGGACAUUGGGGAUGGAAUUCAUUAACAUCCAGAUUUGUAAUUCAGACGCUGAACGGGCCCGAAACUGGUUUAGAUUUCAGCCUUGCGAAACUGCACCAGAUGGCUGAAAUCUUGUCCAACUGCGGCAAGUUCAGGUUCGGAGAUUUAAAAAAAGUUAAAAACCCUCAUCAGAGUGAGGGUUAAUUAUGUGGUAGCUAGCCAACACUUGCUAGCCCACCACCAUAUUAAAAUAGGAAAAUGUUCUAAUUAAAUUAAAAUCCUAUAGGGUAAGAUGGCACCUGGGACCUCCUUGUACCAUAACAACUUUAUUGCAACGUGUCCAUUUAACCAAAUAAUAGCAAAUUAAAGCCUGCAUGUGAGGCUAAAAGAGCUGUUCUGGAAACAUUAUCCAACUUGGCUAUAUUUACAGCCUGGCUAUCUUAGCUCACAGUUUUCCAUUUGGAUUCCAGUUCUGUGACAUCUUGGUGAAAUGGCAACUCGUUUGUAACUGAUUCCAUAAAAAAACAAAAAAAAAACUCUUGGGCAAGGAUUACUGCACAUUUUUAUGCCUAAUUAUGUUUUAUGCUGUCAUUUCUUUCCUUUAUGAUCCUAUGAAGAAUACCAGUAUUUUAUUCCUUAAAAAUAAUUAUUAAUAGUUUAUUCAUGUUAAAACAUGAGCACAGACAUAUUUCACAACAUCGAGUGAAUAUGUUAUGCAUUUAUAAGGAAAGCUCAGUGUGACCAAUCUUUUUAUCCUUUUUUUAUAUUUCACAAAUUACCAGGACAAAGAUGAUCAGGAAAGCUAUAGUUAUAAUAUAAUUAGUCAUUACUGUGGUUCUGUGCCUCAAUUAUGGUACGUCUAACAGUGGAUCUAAUUGCGAAAAGCAGCCAUCACGUCAAAAAUCGCAAGGAUGAAACAAAUUCUCAAUACUUAAAGAAAAUAACUCACCUGAAUUUUUCCAAUAAAAACAUUGAUUACAUUGUAAGUAUCAUUGAUGUGUAUGUUAAUCUGAACUAUUAAUUGACGUUUUUUCUUCUUUUUUUGUCCUGCUGCUCUAUCAGUAUAUAUACAAAAUGAAAAUUAAAUUUAUCACACAUGACAGUUCAUAAAAAUGUCUUAAUUGUAUGUGGUUUUUUUUUAAAGUACGAAUUUGUUAAUUAUUGAAUACAGCAAACAUAGGAACUCUCUGAGGUACAUAUUGGUAUAUCUUUGGAAUCUAAAACUGCAAUAAUUAUUUUAUAAUAAUUAAUAAAUAAACAAUUGACACUAUUUUGUCUUGCUAUUUCUUUAACCAAAUUCUGGGCACCUUUUCUUUUUCAGUGUCCUCUUUUUUUUUUUCUGUCAGCGUACAUCAUUGAUUAUUUACUACAUUGCAUUGUUGAACACUUGAGACAUUUAGAGGUCUCAUGAUAUAUUUAGUUUAGUGGUUUCCUUGCUCUCACAUGUUCGUUUUUUUUUGUUUUUUUUCUCCCAUGACAUUUUAACUGUCAUGUUUCUAACAAAAUAAAAAUAAAAUGCUAUAGCUUCUAAUUGACAUGUUCACCUUGGCUUGCCCACUUCUUUCAUUAGAGGUGUUGCUGUUAAAUCUGCAGAUGUACAAAUUACUGGGACAUGGGACCUUGUAGAGAUAAUAUUUUAUAUUUUAACACUGACGACAUGUUCAAGGCAUCUAAAAAGGCACUCUAACCAGCAUUGCCAAUACAGUGGUCGUAGUGGAUAUGGUGCAGUUCCUUUAAUUGCACUCACACUGUUUUUGAUUGAGGCUGAACAUGUGAUGAAACCUCAGCCACCAAGAUAAUGUGGAACGUUCAAAUUCUCAUUAUCUGUCCAAAUUUGGAUGGCAACGAAAAGCUUCUAGCAAGUUAAUUUACCUUCAGUGAUCAUACCCUAUUGUUACUGUCCAUUUUUUUAAUGGAUAAUUUGGAAAUGAAAUUUGUGUAUUAUUUGAACAGCAGAAGUGGAGGUGUACUUUCAGUGCUAGAGGAGCUUCGUUCAAUAGAUUAUUGGGGUUAUCGUGCUUAUAGUUUCCCUUUAAAAAGGUGCAUUUUUCUUUUGAUAGUUAUAGAUAUGCCUUCUGAAAGAUCAUCUCACAUCUAAUUCCACUUAGUCAUACCCUUUCCCUUAUCCUCUUUCUCCCAUAAUUAAAAACAUUAAAUUAAGGUAAACUUACUCCCACGUAUCAGUCCAAUUUCAAAUGAAAAGGCAAUGUUGCUAAUAUGACCUUAUCCUCUUAAGAAAAAAAAGUGGUUUUUUUUUUUCUUCUAUUGUGUUUUACCAUGGUAGAACAUUCAGGCUUUCAAAAAAUUUACACUGAAAAUCCUGUACGUCUGAUGGUACCAAUAAGUGAUUGAUCUGAAUGGUCAUUUUUAUCGGUCUUUCUGUAUCCAAGGUUAGCUAACAUACUUUAGUCAAUUUUUGUUGGCUUAUUAUUCAAACACUGAACAUUGCAAAAUAAACUGCAAAAUGUAGCCAAAAAGAACUGAUUUGAAAUUUCUCCAACCCAGCUAAAAUGUGGCUGUUUUAGUCUGUAUUUUGUAAUUUAUUUUUCAGCUCACCAUAGUUAACUGUUUAGUAAAUAAUCACUUCUGUACUUACUGUUUCAUUGUAUAUUUUCUAAAAUUAAGAAAUCCAAUACAAACUGGCUUAGAAAGAAGAAAACAAAUCAUCAAUACUUGAACAGUUAAUGUUCCCAAUUGCUAAUUUUUCCCUAUUUUUUCCUAGGAUGACUUGUCUGCGUGCAGAAAUCUUACCGUUUUAUAUCUUUAUGAUAAUCAGAUUGAUCACAUAAGAAAUUUGGGUUUUGCAUCAAAUAUGACACAUUUGUACCUGCAGAAUAACUGUAUUUCCUGCAUAGAAAACCUCAGUGGAUUGAAAAGACUUGAGAAACUGUAAGUACAGUUGUGGAUUGGUGUAUUUUUUUUUUUUUUUUGUAAUUUGUUUUUAUGCAAUAGAACUCUGUCAUGACAGACAGUGUACCCUUUUGUAGCAUUGCUAAUUUCAUCAUACUUUAUGCUAAUAAAGCAACUAACUACUUUGUUUGCCCGUUGGAGCAGUUCCUUGUCUUGCUUUGUCCUUAUUUCUGUAAAUGUCUCAGAUGUCUACAGAUAAUGGUUCUCAGUGACUAUUCAUAUAGUCAGUCACUGCAUGCAUUUUCUGGGCAUAUUAUUUAUGGACAGACACUGCUCACAGCAGUUUACACUGGACAUCUUGUAGGAGAUGUAUAUAUGAACACUUUUUUUUUUUUUUAAUCGUUACAUAUUUCUUUUCCCCAAGUAACACUCUGUAAGUAGUAAGCCUCUAUGAACUAACAGCAACAGCAAAAGUUUGAAGAACUUGUGUCUCGGUUUUACUGCUGUGUAUGAUCAUAGAGGCUCACUAUUAGCUUCUCUAUUUGUGAACAUUUUAUUUCCUUGAUAAUAUAAUUGUUCUUGAUAUUAACACAGUAACAUUUUUAAUUUUGAAAGAUAUCUUGGUGGCAAUUACAUCACAGUUAUUGAGGGGUUAGAAGACGUUAAAGAACUGAAAGAACUGCAUGUUGAAAAUCAGCACCUUCCACCUGGAGAAAAGCUCCUCUUUGAUCCAAGAACUCUAAAUUCAUUAAGUGUAAGGAAUCAAAAAUGUCAUACAUUUCCCAUGAUACACUGCAAGUAGGUGGCAUGAGUAUUGCAGAUUACUAAUUUGAUAGUUUGUUCAGUAAUAUGGAUGAUUAUCGUUUAAACCCUAUCCUUGAUAAACUGUUGUUUCACAUCUGCCCGGUACUGCUAACGUGUUCUCUGACUGUGGCAGAUCAUAUUGAUUAGACUAGAAUCCCAUCAUGCUGGCUGUCCAGCGGUUAUUCUUUAUUUUUAUCAAAUGUAAGUACAUUAAAGGACAAAAGUUAUACUGCAAUAUUUCUAAUUGAUCUUCAGAAUGUUUAUGUAUUUAAAGGAAGGCACACUUAGGAGAGAUCUAGACUACACACUUUUAGUGUAAAUUUCAUAUUGUAAACAUAAUAAAAAUGCCUUUUACUGUGAAGUUUCUAUGAACUUCACCCUCCUGCAGUCUUCAAUACUCACAGUGCAAGAAAUUGUAUGAGUACAUUCUAAUGAAAUUAUUUAGGAACUGUAGGCUCAUAAAGGUGAUUCCCGUGAGCUGAGGUAUAUUAUUCUCUGCUCUCAGCUGGAUUACCGACUUAUUCAUUUAUACGUAGAGUAGGCAAGUUAAUUAACAGAACUUUGGGGGUAGACUUUUUGCUAAAUGGAUGGGAAUGUGAGGCGAUGUAUGUUCUCCAAAUGGUGUUAGCAUGUACUGUCAAUGGAAGGAUUAUGAUAUGCUUUAUAGAUGUAUUUCUCAUCUACGGGUUAAAAAAAAAUCUUUUUUCCACUUACCCAAUUCCAGUGUCGAUGUCAAUAAAGGCAGUCUUAACUCUUUAAUGUAAACAUUGCAGUUUUUCAAAAACUGCAGUGCUUUACAUUGCAGGAUUAAGAGAACAGGGACAGUACACUUAGACCACUUCAAUGAGAUGAAGUAAUCUGGGUGCCUAUAGUGUCCCUUGAAGGUUCAUGUUUAGACAUCGUGGAAGGGAGGAAAAUAAAUACUUGGAGUAGGAUCCUUCUUCUGUGUUGUGUGGAAUAAACAAUGUAAAAUGUCCCAAGCAAGGUGUGUAUGAAAGGACAUUAAAGCAACAGUAACUUUCUUUUUACAUAAGAAACAAGUUUCUGAACAAGAUUACCGGAUAUCACUAAAUAUAUAUAAUAUUAAAUUAGCAUUGAAAGAAUGAUGGGGUAACCAGAUAUUUGGUGGUAGCUCACAAAGUUUAAUGUAAAUUUGGGCUUCCUGCAAGCAGUACAGGUCAUACAUUCUAGGAAUUCAACAUGUGAAUUUGAACAAUACCAGGCCCACAUCACGACCGAAUUUACAGCAAUGUUAGCCAGUAAUUAGAUGCACCAGUUGCAGAACUAAAAUGAUGCUUUGCCACUCUAAUGACUAAUAAAAUAACUUGGAAGUUGUAUUAUUGUGUGAACUGGGGUUCUAUCUUUGUGACACCCCUGUUUAACAAAUUGUCCUAGAUGACUGUGCAUCAUUGUUUUACUUUUUAUAUUUCUGUUUUCUACAGAAAUCUCUUUGUGUUUUGAAUGUCAGUAACAACAAUCUUGAUGAUCUGAAAGAGCUAGAAAUCCUUGAAAAUAUAAUCCAGUUUAUAGCUACAGACAAUCAAAUUCAAGAAAUGAAGGUAAUUUCUGCAAUUUCACAAACAGUCGAUAACCUAUUUCUCCAUAUUUAUAAUGUGUUCUUAUCAAUGUCUUCCUUCAUAGAUGUAUUUUGCAUUGCUUUUAUGUUAUAAAUUAGAUAUGAUGAAUAGGAUUUUCAGGAUAAAGUAUUUAUCCUGCUUGGUACUUUAUUUGUUCUUGGGAGUUUCAAAACACUGCAUAGUAAAGUAGUAAAUGAUUGUUCGGCAACUCCAUUCAACCUUUGACAAAGACUGUUUGGAUAAAAACAUUGACAAGUCAGACUUGGCUGAAUAAAAAACACUGAAAUGGAUUGGAGGAACUCAUUUAUUUUUCUGGAGACAGAACCAUGUUUCCAGCUCCAAAUGAAGUGAGUGCCUUUCCUUUGUUCUUAUGUUAUAUAUCACUGGGAUUGCAGAAACAGAACUCCACUAGGGAGUAAAAAAAAGUGGGACGUGGGCAACAAAGAACUCUCCUAAUAACCAACAGGGUCCUGCCAAUCAUGCUCUGUGAUACUGCAUCCUGAAUGCAGAUGGUUGUUGGGUUCAGGUACUUAGCAGGAAUUUGCAGUAGCCCAUUCUGCUUUAACCAAGUCAUGUGCUAGCCAGAAUGUAAGUGGUAAGAAUAUAUUAUUGUAAUUGUUAUACCCCUCACAACCUAUUUGCAAGAUUUAGUUAUACUUAUGUACAUGCAUACCCAUUUAUGUCUUACAGGACCUAGUUGGACAUACUUAAAUACAUACCCAUUUAUAGCAUGCUUUAUAUUGCACCUGAGAGCAAUUACGAUGAGCAUUGAAUUGGGACACAGAGGAAAAUUCAGUCUUUUGUCACAGUUAUUCUUCAUUAAUCAGGCAAAUAAAUAAGUUGUAAAUAAAAGUUUAAACAGUCAGUACUUAAUAUUGAUUCAUAGUUUAAGGAUAAUUAUGAAUCUGAAAUGAAGACAGCUUUAUCUUCAUCAUGACUUUAAUGUAUUCAACCUCUGCCCACUAUUGAUUAUUGGAAAAGCAUACUCAAAAAGACAGAUUCGUGUUUUCCCUCCCUUAGGCAAGCACCAGUGUUCAAAAUAUAGAUUUUUUUUCCCACAGAGAUUAUGACAAGCAGUCAAACGGAUGACAAAUUGCUGUCUGAAGUCACAACUAAAGAUCUGAACUAAAUAUUUCCAAUAAAAAAAUGAUACCUCACUGUUUAAAUACAAGUUCAUAAAUGGCCAAUGUUAAUCAAGGAGAAGGCUAUUGCCAGUGUUACAUCCCUUGUGUAUGGCUUUUGAUUUACUCUUCAGAAUUUCUAGAGAACUUCUAAGUGAUGAUCUGACAUGAUCAUUUAUCAAGUAGAGUAUGCUUUAAAAUGAAGAGACUUGGUCCCUCUAGUAAUUGUUAUUAAAAGGCUGAAAAGUGAGAGCACUUUAUUAGAGACAGGAAGGCAGUAAAGAACUACAGCGUAUCCAAAGAGGUAAUCAUAUUUCAGCAUAGGAUUAGAGCAUUCUAACAUAAACAUACACUGGGACCGGACUGUUAUGGGUCAUUUAUCAACUGAGUAGCAGUUAGCAAAAAAAUGCUUGAGUGCAGUAAUAUAUUUAUCAAAGGCGAGUGCUACAAAUUGUGCGUUUCUUUGUAAUGUAUCAUUUUCUCAUUUCUCUGAUGAUCAUUAUAAAUCUAAAAAUCCACAAAAAUAAACACUACUACCUCAAAUAUUUUGUAUGCAUACUAGAAUACCAAGAUCGUGUAACUGUAAUAUAGGCUUUUGAUUUUUUUUUUUCAUACCGGUUAUACUUCUUUUUAAUAAUUAUUGAUUGUAUUUUUAUUUCCUUUUUUAGGUAUAACAUUUCACAGCUCAUUGAAGUGGUCUGGGUGCUGUGUCCCUUUUGCACUUGGGACAUAGUUAAAUAAGAUAUAAAAGUAUGGACUUAACUAGAUGUUCAGAUCUUGAACAUGACUUUGGAAUUUGAGUUUCAGGACUAUCCCAUUUGUAGCUAGAUUUGCAUUCAGUCUCCUAAUCUUCUAAUACUGUGUAUACCUGGUCUACAAAACAAUAUUUACCUUCUUUAUUCCAGCUUAGUUUAACUUCCCUUUCAGCACUUACCUUCAUCCAGCAGGGAAAUUACUUUUUCUAACACAGCUCCAACCAGUCCCUCUACUUGAUGCAGAAGUAGUUGAAAUACCAGUAUGCCUAGUAGGACAUGUUGCAGUUUAUUUAUUUCUGAGUCUACACUAAUAUUUAAGGCCAAUGUAAUCUCUACAAUCUUUUACCCAUCAUUAGUUCUGUAAAGGCUGAAAAAAUUCAGCAUAAAAUGUGUUACUUUUCAUAAUUACAUUUUGGUAUCUCUGAGCAGCAGUUUAUAUACAACAUAUUUUACUUGUUAUCAGUCGAUGUACUCAGUGGUGUAUCCUGGUUUUGUGCUGCCCUAGGCAUGCCAAAACUCUGAUGCCUCCCCCCUCUCGCGCCACCCCCUGCCACACCCCCUUCUCUGCCUUCUAAAUACACACACAUUCACUGACAGACACACAUACACUAGCUAACAGACAUACACGUUCACUAACAGACGCAUACACUCUCACUAAUAGACACACACAAACUAACAGACACACAUAGUAACACACUCCCUAACAGACACACUCCCUGACAUACACUCACUAACACACACACACUAACAGACACACACUAACAGACACACACUCACUAAUACACACACACACACACACGCAAACAUUAAUACACUCACUUUUUCUUUUAAAAAUUCAACCCCCCCAGCCUCCUUACCUUUGGGAAUGCUGGGGGGGGGGGUUUCUUCCUCUCCCUGGGGGUCCAGUGGCUGCUGGGCGGGCGGCGCUGGCGAGGGAGCACUUUCCCCUGAGCUGUCUCAGCUCCCUCGCGCGCCGCCCACAGAGUGAUGCUGGGAGCCGGACUAUGGAGCUGUCUGCUCAGCUCCCUCACACGCCGCACGCAGUGUGAUGCUGGGAGACGGAAUAUGACGUCACACAAAGGAGCUGAGAAGAGAGCUCAGGGGAAAGUGCUCCCUCGCCAGCGCCGCCCGCACAGAUUUUUACUUAGCUGCACGCCUGCCUGGACUGUUAGUUGCAAGGCUAAUAAGACAUUUGCCCUGGGCAUUUGGGGGCGGCUUUUUUUGCCGCCCAAGGCAAAUGCCUUGUUAGCCUCGCAGCUAAUACGUCCCUGGAUGUACUACAUAUUUGUCCCAGGUUUCAAAUAAAUUUUAUACUAUUUUCGGAUGCACUUGUCCAUAACUGUAUGGGGCAUUUACUUGUAUUACAUUAAGACCUUGGCAGAUUUGACUGUAUCUCCUAAUACCAGUUUUGUUAUUUUACCACUUGACGAUCACGUUGAUUAAAUAAUAAAUAAAUAAAUGUAAUCCUAGAGAGUUAUUUGUGAAUGAUCUAAAAUUGACCAUCGGUACUGCAAAGUUUAAGCAAAAAUAUCAAAGCUUUGAUUGGGCCAUUUAAUUAUUGUGAUAUUUGUUUUGAGUUGCACCCUCAGCCUUCCCUUCUGAUAACGGCAAGAUAUUUUAUUGGUACAGGUAGCUUUAGCCAUAAACAUCUAAAUGCCUGCAUAAUAUUUAUUUAAUCUCUGAAGAUAUAUCACUGCAUGGCAUAAUUUCCAGUAGAUAUAAAGGCCUGAUGUAGUUAUUUUUUGGCAUUUACUAGAGUGCUUUAGAGCACUGCGUUCAUGGUAUCUCAGGUUAGAUGACAGGCAUUGCUGCAUGUCUGGAAGGUGUGCAUGUCAUUGUUAUAUUCGCAUACUCACUGUUGAUAUAUCCAACUUCACAAGAGUGUUCUAGUCAACUUCUUUAAUUGCAUCCUUUCAUCCCGUUGCAAUUAUAGUAUAAUGUACAGGGUGUGCCAAAAUUCAGAGUAGAAUUUAACAGGUAAGUAACUUUGUUAGUAGUUCAAAUUUUUUUCGUUGCAGGUACAUAUUAUAACUGGGUCUGGGUAGAUUCAAUAUGGGUAAUUUCAUAAAGGAACAACGAGACAAAAUCAUGAUGAUUAAUAAGUCCCACUCACAUGUUCAAAAACAUGUAGUGUCCACUUCCCAGUAAAUCAGCUCACCCAGCACUACACCGUUAUCAUACAGCACAGUAUAAAUUAUUGUUUCCUUAUUUAUUGUAUAAAUAUUGCACCAUGGUCUGUUUUUAUGCUUAAAGGGAUCUGUUUUCCUAACACUAUAGGGUUAUUAGGGCCCCUCUCCCUUGCGACCCCCUCCCGCACAGUUGAAGAGGUUAAAACCCCUUCAGCCACUUACCUUUAUCCAGCGCCGAUGUCCCUCAGCACUGGGUCAGGCUCCGCCCACGCUCCUCCCCCGCCAGACAGUAGGGGAGACCUAAUGCGCAUGCACGGCAAUGGCCGCACACGCGCGCAUUAGAAUUCCCUAUAGGAAAGCAUUAUUAAUGGCUUUACUAUGGGGAAAAUCUGACAUUGGAGGUCCAUAAGGACGUCCAGCGUCAGAUAACCGACCAAAGGUCGGUUUGGAUUCCGGAAGCCCUCUAGUGGCUGUCUGGUAGACAGCCACAGAGGGCAGACUUAGAGCUGCACUGUAAACAUUGCUGCACCAAGUGCAAAUGUUUACACUUCAAUGAGCUGAAGUGGUCUGGGUGCCUACAGUGUCCAUUUAACUUUUUAGGAGUGCUAUUUUUUACAGAAAUGUGGCAAUAUUUUACUUUUAGACAAUUAUUAAUAAUUUUAUUAUUAUUAUUGGAGUGGUUGUGUAUUCUCAACGAUUUUUAUGUUUUAAAAAAAAUAUAUAUAAUGGCACUAUAAAAUGAAUUCAUCUUGAACAGCAUAUACAGGCUUUUAUAUGAGACAUAUUAAUAUGCUAGAUGUUUGUGGUGUGGAAAUGAUCCAUACAUUCACAGAACUGUUGGUAUUUUGUGGUGGUUUAAAUGGUUUUAACGUUUAUUUUAGUUAUGCUGGCACAGUGGAUUUAUUUCGAGAUUUUUUUUUUUUUAUAAUAAGCAUGUUUUUUUUAAUUUAUACAAAUCUACAUUCGGUUUUUGCUUUUGUUUUUUCAGGACCUGGAAUUUUUGAGCAAAUGGUCAAAGCUUUGGAAAAUGGAUCUUCUUAGAAAUCCAGUUUGCCAGAAGCCAAAAUACAGAGAUGAAGUUAUCGUUCUUUCACAGAAUUUGGGUAAAUGUACUUUUCAAUUUAUUGUUAAUGCAAAACGUUUACUGCAAUUCAGUGGGAAAUCAGUUGAGUGGAGUGAAAAAAAAUAUAUUCUGAAAAAGUAAAAAUGGGGUUUAUGAAACUGUAACUGUUUAAAAAUAUAACUUGAGGUAGACAAUCUUUAAAACCCAGUGUUAUCCAAAAUAGGUUUUAAAAAUAUUCCCACACGUGGGCAGUUUUAAUAAGAAAUUUACCUCUGUUACAACUUGCUAUCAGAUUAGAGUCAAUAAGUAUCUUUGAAUUAUUUUUCAACAGAAAUACUUGAUGGUAAAGAAAUAUCAGAGAUGGGGAGAUAUUUCUUAACGAAAUGGAAAGCAUCACGAGAUGCCAGGAGUAAAAGCCGCGAGGAAAUCAUGGCAAAACAACCAGUCUACCCACAAUUAUGUAAGUCACAUAAGUAGUCAUUCCAACUAUACACAGAGAAAUGUCAUAAAUACUAUCUCUAGCAAAAUCAUUUUUAGUGAGACAACAUUUAUAAUUCUGUUACAUGCUACCAGGCAAAGAAGAUGUAGUAAGUUAGACAAAUGGCAUUUAAAUGUUCAUUGAGAUGUCUAAGAUUGCAGGGUGGGAAUCAUUUCACAAUUUCAAUUAUUUAUAUAGUGCCAACAUAUACCGCAUAUUGCACAAUAAUCUAAAAUUAUUGUUUGUGAAAUGUAGGAUGACGGUCUGUACAAGAAAGGCACUAUGGGCAAAGAAAAAGAAAUCCAAGUUCAUUAACUGAGUGCUGUAGGACUCUAAACUGUCAUUUGGAAAUUGGGAUACAUACUUAGUGUUUGAACUUUAAAGGAACACUAACAUGUAUUGCUGACCCCAUAGUGUUAUAAACACCAUCUACAAUAAGCUGUAGUUGUUCUGGUGAUUACAGGGUCCCUUUAAGUGGCAGCAAAAAUUAAAUCCUACUCCUAUCAAACCAGUAGAAUUAAUAAGUUAUAUUUGGAUGUCUUUUUUCAUUACAAAUUAAGUGUUUUUUGUUGGGGGGGUUUUGUGUACAUUAUAGUCAAAAAUUGAAAAAAUAUAAUAAAAUCUAUUCUUUACUGUUAUAUAGUUUUGGUCCUGAUUUGUGAGUUGUACAUAUUUGAACACAUAUGACCAAAAAAAAUAAUCAAAGCACACAUUUAUGGUAUUCUAUUGGUCCUUAAGACAUUACAAUGUCACCUCACACCACAAACAUUUAUUCAGUGCUUUACUACAAUGUCCAGAAUCAACCAUCAAUCAAGCAUGUUUACAUUUUGCAUUAAAACAUUCCAAGUGUGUGGCUUUGGGGUUGUUUUGUUUCUUUUUUUAAGCUUUUUUUGUUUUACUGAGUAGAGGAUAGACGUACAAGACAAUUUUUACAUGGGUAUUGGUUUAAGCACACAUAUUGAUAAGACAUUCUGAUCAAUUUCUCUGUGCAAAAAUUAAAAAAAAUAUGAACAGAUUUGUAUCAUGAUUUUAGCUUUAUGAAGUAAAAUUGCAAAUGGACAAUUAAUUUGGCCUGAUAACUAUCCAGGGAAAUAAUCAAUGUCUCUUAUUAUUGUUGUACCACAGAUGGGUUUGAACAUCAUUCCUCCCUUGUUCCUCAUGGAUAUCAGUUCUCAAAAACGAUGGAUAAAGAAAAAAUGAAGUAUAUGAUGUCACAAAAUGGUUAUAAGCAAAGUCACCUUCAAAGACCAGAGGGAAAAAGAAACAUUAGUAUUAGUGAUCACAUCCGGUAAGUUCUUUCUUUCUUUUUUUCUCUCUCAAGUUAGUUACUCUUUUUUUGCAUCAUGUUAUUUUGAUAAAGCUCAAACAAUGAUUGUGCAUGGGAUUUUUUUUUUUUUUUUUUGCUUGUUGCAAAUUUUUGAAGGAAAAAAAACAAAUAGAUCAAGUUAAGGCAAUUUCAUCAAGCAUGCAUGUAAGCCAUGGGGCAAUGAUCCACAGGAGGUCAUCCACAUAGGUAGUUCAUAAACCCUUCAAAGGAUAUAGGAUUUAUCACAAGAGGCUUAGUUCACAUUAGGUCUAUACAAUUUACUGGUCACAUUUCUGUCAAGUUUAAAGAAUUAAAGUACAUGUGAAAUACCUUUUCCUCGUCACACAACUAGACUUUCCAAAAUAUGUGUACAUCUGCCUCAAACCUCCAAGUGUGUUGUCUUUUCUGCUAUCCCAACUCGAUCGCAGUAAAGCCAGUGACAGAUCAAACUGAUAUUUAGCAGAACACCUUUUCAUAGAUACACUUGGCUAAGUGUAAAUUAAACGGUAUUCUGUUUAAUCUGUCACCAAUGUAGGCACUGCACCAUUCUUGCAUUGCCUUUUUAUCAGUCAGAUUUUGUCGUCCACAUUUCUAGUUUGAGUAUUUUAAAAACUAAAUAGCCAUUAGAGAUGUGACACUUAGAGAGGGCAGUAACAUGUUGAAUGGCUGUACUAUUCUUAGACAUUGUGUGUUUCUAGAUGUAUAGUUAUUAAAAAAGUAAUAGAUUGCUAGAUCUGCUUAAAUUCCUUAACUUGCCAGGACACCUAGAUUUUAUUUUGUUUAGAUGGUACAGUAGCUAUGAUGGUAGAGCCCGGGAUUCUUGGAAAACAUAAAUCAUAGCGACAACAUGAAUAAAAUGAUCAAAUAAGAGAAUAUCAAUAUAUUCUAGCAGUAGGUUUUAUAAAGAUAUAUUGCUAGUCAAUCACAAUUUGCUACAAGUAAAAACACAUUGAUAAAGAAUGUGUAUAUAGUACUGUGUGUGUUCACGUUAUGAAUAGCUUGUUUGUUGGAACCGCUAAAUUUAGGUUUAUUGCUCUAGCAGUAUUUUUGCUGUAUUAGCAACCAUAAGUCUUGCUUUCUCAAAUAAAAAAAAAAGUACAAAGUUUUUGCAGUAGUGCCCCUAAAUACAUAGACCGGGACCAUGUCACGCUCAACUGGUUAAAUUCAAUAUCUGAAUGGGAUUUAGUCCAAAGUCCUGCUUUCCUGAAGAAUAUAUGCAAAUAUUAUAUUUUCUUUUAUGGUCCUGAGUGAAAGGUGGAAGCAAAUUUCAGCAUAAUUAGUUUUCUUUUGGCUGUUGUGAAUAUAUCAUCAUAUGACAUGAAGUUGGAGUCUCUACUUUUGGCAUAUUGCAAGAUUAAAUGGUGUGUAUAUCCGCCCCUUCCUUUUUUUUUUUAGCUGUAAUAAGGGCUUGUAGGACUUGGUAGCUCAAUGAUGACAUCAGUGAAAUCCUUCCACAGCUCCAAAAAGAUGUGUUUAUUUAGUCUGAUGAUAAAUGAAAGCAAUAUUGUGUAAAUGACAGGGAACUCUGGGAAAAAACUAACCACAAGUUGGAUAAGGCAGUCAAAAGGACCUUUUUUCAGAUUAUUAGUGUUCACUUGUUAGUUUGCUUUUCUACAAAGAACAGACGUAAUUAAUGAGCCAUACAUUUUGUGUCCUUACUGGGGCUUUGAUGAAAGAUAUGGAAUUUAGACAUCCUGAUGGUACUUUUAUUCUCCAUCUUGCCCUGGGAAAUACAGAACUUGAGCAAUGAAUAUGGUUAACCAUUUUAAUGCAUAAUGUAUAUGUAUUUAUGAAGCAAUGAACAUACAUCAAACUGUGUCCAUAUCUACUGUAAUGGAUGUGCCUAUUUGUGCCUUAACCCUUUGGUACCACAUUUCCCAUGAUAAUCAGCCAACCAUGUACUGUAGUUCACAACACCUGGGGAACUAGUACUUCGCUCCCACUAUCAUGAUAUAUUAACCAUUUCUGGAGUGGAAUAUGGGUUGUACAAAAGCCUUGUGGGCUGCACUGAGCAUAUGGCCUCUCAGUUGGAAAAUCCUUCUUCAAGUAUGCACAGUAAAUAAAUAUUAUACGAGUUAUGAAAUCUUAAAUUAUUGAACACAGGAUUUAUUGUUAGGGCUGGUCACACAAAUAACCUGUAUUUAGUAAGCCUCUCUCUUCUAGUGAUAUGCUGGUAGGGGACCUGGAGAGAGAAUCAUACUGCCACUGUCUCGGCAGCUCCCAUGUCAGCAUAUCAGUAAUAGGAGACAAAAUAAAAUAAGUUGUGGCAGCUGGAAAUAGUAGAUGCUGCCCAGGAGUGUAACUCCCAUCUAUCUGGGGCAGGCCAGAAUCUGAAUGUCUCAUUCUUCCCUUGAGAUUCGGGAUGCAUAACAAUAAUGCCAUAGGGUGUUCUGGAAACACAGUUACCAUGAAAAUAAAGGUCAUGUGACUUAUGACUGUGACCAGAACACAUAUUUCUGUCAUUACCCUAUUAUUCAGUAUAACUUGUUGGAGACCCAUAGACCAAUCAUAGUUAUAAGCCAAUGCUCUGCACCAAGUCCUUCCGCCAACAUAAACCAUUUUGUGGGUACUUGUAAGCUUUUUUCUAGCUGGAGUGGAAUACAUUGUGUGAUAUGCGUUGGCAUUUAGUAACUGGAGUCAUAAAUCAUAAAAUUGGCAAUAGUUUUAGCAGCUCACUGUUAUUUAAAUGAAUACAGUGAAUGAAGUAGAUAAAGUGCUCUAUGGGAGGAAAAAAACUUACUAAAUGUACUUAACAAGAAACACUGUCAGCAUUUAUUCAACCUUCCUUAACGAGUCCUUACUAUGAUUCCAAGAUGUGACCCAACAUGACCAUGGAUUCCAGUAUAUGUAACAAUAUCUCUGCACACCACAUGCAGCUUGUUUGCAUACAUACAUGUAAAAUAUUUUUACAUUAAUCACAAUACACCUUUCUGAAACAUUUGGUUUCUUGGUAUUAAUUUUAAAAACUGUACAUAAAUAUUUUCCCACAAGACUCCGUAAAGAGAAACACACAGUAGUAACAUUUGGAUUUAAUACAUGUAUGCAAACUGACUUGGAGGCUUCCUGAAAUUUGCUACCGUUUUAAUAUUUUAAAGAAUUAUUUUUGCAUACAUUACAAUUGCGGUAUGCAUCACUGUUCAAGGUUUGCUUCUUCUCUCCAAUUACACAAUAAUAUAUUCUGGUCUGUUUUUAAAAUAUGCUUGUGGAAAUCAUUUUUUUAAGAAUCGCUAUAUAAAUGCUUUAAAACAAAAACUGUUUGUGUCAAAAAGUUGUUUAUUGCUCUUUAUAAACAAAUUACCCAUGGAUUAAAGGAAAACUCCAAGGAAUUUAUUCCAAGGAUUUAGUAGAUAUAACUCCCCCUUCCUCCCAAUAACCAAACAAACAAAAAAACAGGCAUUUAAUGUUUUUUUGAAAGGUUAUGAAAUAAAUAGCUUAUAUUAGCUGUAUUAUGAGGUUCUGCAGGUAUUGUAAACAUUCACCUUUCUCUCUUCCGCAGACUUUAAUGUUAGUGCUGGACAUUGUCCAAUCACAGGUUUCUCACUGAGAAUCCCAGUUGGCAAAUUGCGCAUAUGCUCGACUGGCCAAUCAUACAGUUGCAUUACAAUGUCCACCUGCAUGAUUGACAAGUUGUGUGUUAGUCUCCUCAAUUCUCUGAUUAUGCCCAAUUUCCUUCACUUCCACUUUCAACGAUAGUUCUCAAAGCAAGCAAGGCAAGAAACCCUCCAUCUGUGUGAUUGACAGCCAGGAAGGUUUGACACAAGUGGUUUAUAAAAGUGUUGAUUUCUCUUGAGAUCAGCACGUUUACAAUAUAGGACUGCAGGGACAUUAACUCUAAAUCAUUUCAGCAAGCUUCUGUACUUUCAGUGCCUGGAGUGUCCCCUUUAAAUGCAUAUCUUCUAAUAGAUAACAUUAUCACCAGGCGUGUGUUAACAGCCCCCCUAACAUCAUUGGAGGAGGCACCCUUUGAGCACAUUUACAUCUUCUAUUCUGUGAGUGCAACGAUUAUUAGCACACAUAUACAACUUAUAACAGUAUGACACUAUUUUUUUAUUUUGUGUUCUCUUUUAGAAUAUACAGCUGUUUCCCAUGUUUUGUUGUUUCUAUCCAUAUUAUCACCAACCUUAUCAGUGUAUAUUGAUACUGGCCACCACAGCACCAGUUUUAUUACAGUCUAGUAUCCAGAAAAUAGUGGAGAACCAGGUCACAGGUUCUCAUCAGUUUAUUAAACUCCCAUUCAAUGCACACAAAGUGAGGAAAGAAGAAUAGUGAUUUCUGUGUCCUGCUUACUUAUUGAUAAUACUGGGCUCCUUUUAUAAAAAUGUAUAUAUACAUGUUAUUUCAUAGUGUAUGCUGGCAGCCCAAGUUGCCAGUAGAACCAUUUGUGUACAAAAGUUGGCAGCUCAAGGAUGGAUUUAUAAAUACCUGCAUCUUUCCAACUCCGAUUUAAAGUGGCAAAGUCAAUGAUAUUUUCUUUCUAUAAAAUAAAGUUUUAAAGAGAGAUACAAUUACAGUGCAUAUUUAAUGAUCGGUGAAAUGUUUUAAUAGAAAUCUAAAUAGAUACGCAAAACAUCGAGUCCAUAGUUCUCUCUGAUAAACAGUUAUCUCCUUUGCAACACAUAUCAGUGACUAAAGACGUGGAAAUCUUCACUUAUUUGCACACGUUGUUUGUUCCCUUUAGUGUCUGGGCAUAGAUUCACCCUACACGUUUGUAUCAAUGUGGUUGAUCAGGUAGUUACUGUUUGUGAAAUUCCUUAGACUUCCGAAGUCUUGUUUUUGUUGCUCAUCACACAGCAUGCAUAAUCUUGGAGAGUUCCAGGUUACAGACCUGUCUGCAGAAGUCCAGAUUACAGGUAUAUUUGCAAAGCUUCAGUGUACAACCAAAUUUACAGAACUCGAUGUAAAUGGAAUUGCUCUGCUUUGCAGAACUCCACAGCACAAUCUGGUUUACAAAGCUUGAUAAUUUGCAGAGCCUGAAGUGUAAGUGUAACUUGUGUAUGCUAAAGUAUAUUUGUUAUUGUUAAACGUUUUUUAGAAAACAAAUUGUAAACUGCAGCAUAUAUGUAUUAAAUAAAAAAAAAUUGAAAAUAUGAAUUUUAUAAUGAAAUGUCUAAAAACUAAGGAAAACACAAAACAGAAAGAAAACUGCUAGAUUUUUUUUAUAACCUUACACCCAGAUGAGAGGCCACAUUUGAGAAAAGGGGGAAAUAAUACUGAAUUUUUGCUUGCCAAGACCUGCCUAUAGAUGGUUAUGCUUGAAAAAUGAAUGCCCUGCACAAACCAAAGUAUCUUGACAUGUAUUGUAAGAAAGAUUAAUUUGAGGCCAUCAAUGUACUUCUAAUUUGUCAAUGGCAUUCAGCUUUUUUCUAUUUAUUGUUUCUGUUGCUGCUUUAUAAUUACAUUUGUAAGGUUGCGGUUUGUUUUGUCAUUGCAGACAAUUAGCAGUAAAGUAUCCUGAGAGUUCACUGCCUGGACAAGAUGUACUUGAGCCCCACCUGCACAGAACCGUAGUGCCGUAAGAAAGAAGAGAAAUUGGCUGUGCUAUUUUUUUGGAAUGCAUGCAAUAAGCCCAAACUGCUGGACUUCACACACCAAUUUUACAUGCAAGCUUUCUUUGUUAAUAUAGUUUAUGGAAUAAACAUAUUGGAACAAGUUUAGAUUUAAGUCCUUUAGUUUCUGGAACAGGAUUAAGGCUUUACCACAGUCCUCUAGUGUUUUAAUGGUAAUGUGUCAUCUAAUUGAUAUUUGGGACAGGUUUAUAGAAUAUGACACCUCCACCCUCUAGGAGCAGAGCUUCAUGGGAAAUGUAGUCAACAAUAUAUGAAAUGGUUGCCUACGUCAACUGUAGAGCAAAGAUCGUUCUAUCCAUUCUAUCUAAUGUAAAGAUGAAGAGUAAAAAAUAGAAAAUAAAAAAAAAGCUUUUAAAUAAUAUUCCUUGUUUGUAAUAUUUAUAUAGCCUCACAUAGGGGUUUGUGCACUAAACACUAAAUUGUAGUAAGUUGAAAACUCAAUUGUUUUAUCUGGUAUUGCACCAACAAACUCUACAGUUUACAGUUCCCUAAGGAAUAGAACAUAGCAAUAUAGUCUUUACUACAUGUAUUUGGAUUUAUAAUGGGAUUAACUGAAGAUAUGUAAAUGGUCCGAUUCGACUGACUCAGAAUGUGAAUGCAGGAGGUGCUGGGGAUGGACAGAGGUGUAGAUAAAAAAAAAUAAAAGACCAACGACAGUCAAUUUAGCGGGGUUGGGAGGGAGCACAUGAAGAUAGAGAAGGAGCAGAGGUACAAGUUCCACUUGUUGAAGCUGAUUAAAUCUCUUGCCAACUCACAGUGCACGCUGAUGACAGACAUAAUUUUGCGAGAAUUAACAUUAGGCAGUCUGGAACAGAGAUGUAACUAAGCCCUGGCACAAAACUGCUAAUAUCUCUCUAUGUCCACAUACAGAUUGCGUCCUCUUUGACCACCUCUAAAAGCAGAAGUAGAGGUGUAGGCUGGAGCAACCAUUUAAAGGUGGCUUCUGUAGAUUUAUCAUUUGGAAUGUUUUUCUAGUAUUGAAUCACUUUGAAAGCUUAUUAAAUGGAGGCCUAUAUUUGUGGUAUCUGAUGGAGAAAAUCUGUCUGAUGGUGUGUUCUGAAGAAAGAAAACAAAAAAUCUAAAUGAAAGAAUGGUUCGAUGAAUCAAAACUCAUACCAUAUUUUAUAAAAGAGAAGCAAUUUCUUUGGUACAGACUUAAUAAAAAUUUUAAAAUAUAUAUAUAUAUAUAUAUACACACACAUAUACACACACACACACAUAUAUAUACUUCUUUAGAUACCAAAUAUCAUCCAUUGAGCAGUACGUGAUGUUCUUUAAAAGUGUCACUGACCAUGAAAUUAGUUUCUAAGUUAUAAGCUCAUUGUAAGCAGUGUUAUUUUUCCUCUUGGCUAUGAAAGUAUGCAUUGCAUAUUGUAACCACAGUUGUAGUGGUAUAGUAAAUAUUUUUGUUCUUUUCUGAAGGGUGAUUUCUUACAUUUGAACAGAAU